AUGAAUAUAUCUCAUGAUGACGGUUUUGACUUAACCAUUGUUCAUGAAACCCUGAUAAAUGACUAUAAUGCCCUUGAUCAUGAGCCACCCAUUGUGAAGGAAACACCAAUCAAGAGCAGUUACCCUGCUACUCUUGAAUCUGUCUCCGAGUCAACCAUAAUCCAAUCAAAGUUUCCCAUUUGUUCCUUUUCUUCCCCUUGUUCCACUUCAGCUUCUGAAUGCAUGAACACAACAACACCACCUAAAAAACAAAAAAUCCCUCAAAACAAUUCACCUCUAGAUUCAAGUGUCAAUUCCCAUUUUCAUAAAAGAAGAAAGUCUUCAACUUUUGCAUCAGUCAAGAUGGCCCACUUUGAUUCCCCUGACCCUAAAACCAAAUUUCUAGUGAAAGAAACCAUGAAUCUUGGUGAUGAAACCAAGAAAGAUCUAAAAAUAUGGUGUUCACUUUGUAAAAACCCACUGGGUCUUGCGGAAAAUGACUACUUUGUCCAAGGCCCGUCCUAA